AUGUAUUCUCCAAAUCUAAACCCUUCCAUAUCACGCACCAUCGUUCCAGCUCCCAACGAGCCGCAAAAUUACUACAACAACCCUUUGGCGGGAGAAGCUUCAUCAUCAAAAUCGAAGCAAAAUCUUAAAGAUGAGAACAAGGAGCUUGUUAGCACUGCGAUGGAUGGGGAUCACCGUCAAUGUCGCGAGACGGUCCGAAGAACAAGAUUGAUUUUGAAUUCGAUUCCCAAAUCGGGACUGCCUGAAGAAGAGAAUAAUCGUAAGGUCAUGAAAGUUUUGAAAGCAUUGAUGAACAAGUUGAAAGAAGUGAAUAAUAGUAGGAUCAGAAAUGAUUUGACAGCUGCUACUUCGAUGAACGAUCAUCGUUUGUGUCUAUAUCAUGAUAAGAAAAUCAUUGGUCCAGUUCCUGGUGUUUGUAUUGGUGAUGUUUUUCUCUAUAGAACUGAAAUGUGUGUGAUUGGUUUACACGGUCAACCACAAGCUGGGAUUGAUUAUUCACAUCCUAGUAUGAGUACUAAUGGGAAACCCGUUGCUACUAGUGUGAUUGUGCCUUGUGGAUCUGAUGAUGUUGAUCAAGAUGACUUUGUUAUCAAUUCUGGCCAAGGUGAUAAGAAGGAUCAAAAGUUGCAAGGAGGCAAUCUUGCUAUGGUGACAAAUAUGCAAUAUGAGAUUGAUGUUAGGGUUAUUCGAGGUGUUGAGUAUGAUGGUGUUCCUGCUACUACUAGUAAGGUUUUUGUUUAUGAUGGCUUGUAUAAGAUAACUAAAUAUUGGUGGGAAAAUGGUGAAUCUGGUUUUCGUGUUUAUAAGUUUUUGUUAUCAAGGGUUAAAGGUCAACCUAAGAUCGGUAGUAUGAUCCUUGAGGAAGCUCGUAUGCUUAAGAUAGGUCAAUUAUGUUCUAAUUCUAUGUAUGUUAUUUCUCAUGAUAUUUCCAAUGGGAAGGAGAAUAUUGGUGUGAGUUUAUAUAAUGACAUUGAUAAUGAUCAAUAUCCUAUGCAAUUCGAGUAUCUCCCGAAGGCUGCUUUUCCGCAAUUCGUGUUGCCUCAGAGCAUGACAACAAGGGAGUCGAGGAGGGCGAAAGAGUGUUCUGAAUCCGUUGAUGGAUGCAUUUCAUCAAUCAAGAAUGGCAACACUUUUCCUUAUAGUAAAAGUGGGAUUCUUCUGAAAGGGAGGUCAUUAAUUUAUGAAUGCGGUCCUUUUUGUAGUUGUCCUUUGUAUUGUAGAAACCGUGUGACACAAAAAGGUCUUGAACAUAGGUUAGAAGUGUUUAGAUCUAAUGAAACUAGUUGGGGAGUUAGGUCUUUGGACCUUAUCCUAGCUGGAGAAUUUAUAUGCGAGUUCACUGGACUUGUUUUAACUAGGCAGCAAGUGGAAAUUUUAACCAUGGAUGGUGAACAUAACUCAUUGAUGAUAGAUCCAAGUCGAUUUUUCAAUAGUCGCACUCAAGAAUGGGGUGAUUUAUCGAGGAUAGAUGCUAAUCAUGUGCCUCCCUCAUAUCCUCCUUUAGAUUUUGCAUUGGAUAUAUCAAUGAUGAGAAAUGUUGCCAGCUAUAUCAGUCAUAGCCCAACUCCUAAUGUGUUUGUUCAAUUAGUUCUCUUUGAUCACGAUAAUUGGAGGUUUCCCCAUCUUAUGGUAUUUGCAAUGGAGAACAUCCUUCCAAUGGGAGAGCUUAGUCUUGAUCAUGGAAAAGAUGCUGGUUUGGAUGAGAAAUUGACCGGAAAGCUCGCGAUAUGUAAUUGA